UGUGUAGUUAAUGUCACUUAUAAUCGUACUUUUAUACAACACUUUUAAACAGCGUGAAUUGCUAUUUCGAGUGGAUAAAAAGGCUAAAUGUUAACGUCGAGACGAGACACGAAACGGAAGCAGUAUGUUCAACACAAGACAAGGGCGCCAUGUUCAAAAAGCUUCAGCUCCGGUGUUGACGUUUUGGCUUCUUUGCAAAGCCAAACAAAUUGAAACGGAGUAAAAAUAGCCUCCAGAGUAGUUUGUUUGCUAACGGAGAGCGGCCUGAAACAGUCGAGGUUAAGUCGUUAGCUUUAGCCGGCGUAUUAUACAAUAGCGUAUUAGCAUGUCCGUCAAAGGAUGUAUACAGUACUUUACCGAGGGUGUAUUCUGGCCGGACAGGAGCACUAAGGAAGUUGAAGACACACCAGUUUUCUUGGGUUCACCACUGCAGCACGCCAGUAACAGAAACGGGCAUGGGUGUAUUCCGCCACAGAGUGAAGAUGGAAUGAGAAUGAGGCAGAAGGGCCCAUUAGUGCCUUUAUCAUGUCAGUCGUGGGGAAGAAAUGUAUCACCUUCAUCUCUGCACAGCUUUUUGAAGGAAAUCCAAGCGUCCAACACAGCAUUCCCUGUGCAUAGUGUGUUUGGAACGCUGCAGAGGAAAGCCACAGAUAUGCUACAAGAUGAUAAACUAACAGGAGAGAACCACUUCCAUUCUCGUUGUCAACACUCGGAUAAGAAGAGGAAACAAGAGCUGGGCAGCUGUGAGACAGGGCCCAAACGUCUGAGAUCUAGUAAUGUGACUGCCACAGCAAAUUGGCUUUCCAUGGAGACGACUCAGCCCAGAGUGAGCAAACUGAGUCGUACUCGGAAACUCAAGCAGCAGGCUGCCGGUGAAAAUGGGACAAGUCACACAGAAAUCAGCAAAACAUGUGAUGUUAUCCAAAAAGAUUCUAGUUGUGAUGAUGUUCUGUGGACGGACAAGUACAGUCCUCAGUGUGCCAGUGAACUUAUUGGGAAUUCUCUCCAAGUGAACAAGUUGCACAGUUGGUUGAAAAAAUGGAAACAACGAGCCGACUGCGAUGAGAGGCGGCCAGCAGAGCAAAUUAAACCCAAUAAAAAGGGUGGCGGGGACGUUUCCACUCAAGAUUCAUGGGAUUGUGGUGACUUCCAGGGUGAGGUUGGCUCAGCGGAGCACGCAGAGAAGCCCCCGCUGUGUAACACCAUGCUCAUAACUGGGCCUUCAGGUGUUGGCAAGACUGCAUCGGUGUACGCUUGCGCUCAGGAGCUUGGCUUCAAGGUGUUUGAGGUGAACUCAUCCUCACAGCGCUGCGGCCGUCAGAUUCUGUGUCAGCUAAAGGAGGUGACUCAGUCACACCUGGUGGAGACAGCUGGGAAGGACCCGCUGAAGCCAGCUUACUUCAACAACUACAGCACCAGAAGAAGUUGCUCUCCGAAAAGUGAAACUUUAGUGGAAAAAAUGUCCGCUCCCAAAAAGGUCACCCUCGGCUCAAAGACCCGAUCAGCACAGAAGCGUGGCCGCCUCAGAACCGCAGGAAAAGAGAGUCCAGCCGCAGUCACUUUAACAAACUACUUCAAAAUGAAGGCCAGAGCAGAUCACCUCUGUGGUCCGUCGCUGUCUGAGAAGCGAGACAAAAUACCUUCUGGCUCUGAUCAAACAGCACAAGAGAAUAAAAAAGGAGCCAUGUCACUGAUUUUGUUUGAGGAGGUUGAUGUCGUAUUUGAAGAUGACGUUGGCUUCCUGGCAGCCAUCAAGACGUUCAUGACAACCACUAAAAGGCCAGUGGUUCUUACCACUAAUGAUCCAACUUUCCGAGAGAGAUUCAGUAGCAGCCUGGAAGAAGUCGUUUUCAGGACACCGUCAGCGGUGAAUGUCUGCAGCUACCUGCAGCUGGUGUGUUUGGCUGAGGGCGUGAAAAUGGAAUUGGACGACGUGAGAUGCCUCCACACACUCACCAGUGGCGACGUCAGACGUUGUCUCCUCCAGCUGCAGUUGUGGGUGAACAGUGUUAAAGGCCUCCCAGAGGAACACCUACGCACUCAUAUAGAAGGGGAACAGUGCUUUAGUCAUAGUGCAGGUUGCACUGCCAGCAUGUUGGGUCUCCACCCUGUCGGCCAUGUUCUGAACCCUCUAAAGGAUUCGUCAUGGACUGAAGUGGACAUGAACAAGCUGGCUGAGAGCUGGAGGAGAAAUGUACCUUUACUGUACUCCAACCUGGAGCUGCUUUUACCCAUCAAGGCCGUACAAGGAACAGCUGUCCCUUCAGCACCAGACACCAAACCAAUGCGCAACGGACCUCGGCUUAGCAACAGGAUUGUAGAGGGGUCCAGUUUGACACACAGAGCACAAAGAAACUCCUCAAUUUUGAAAGCAAAGUCACAUCACAUUAGUCAGCAAACCGCAGCCAAAGUAGAAUUUCAAACUUUGAACUCUCUGGCUGACUUCUUUGACCUCAUGUCAUACCUCGAUAACACAACAGCAGCAGCAGCUCCACACACAAAGGAGUUUGUUUGGACAGGAUCUGACAGGAAAGAUGGCUUGUUGGAUGAAAUGAGCGAGGUGGAGGAAAGAGGGAGUCAGAGCCAGGAGAGGUUGCUGGAAAUUCGGUCAGCUGUGGAGGGUUUGGGAUGUCGCAGGUGUUUGACUGAAGCUGGGACAUGCAGGUGGGAACAAGGUGACAUGAGGUGGAGCUUGACCUAUCAACCUUUGUGUGACCCAAUUGUUUCCCAGAGGAGGUACAGGCUGAGCCGGGCGGUGCUGAACAGUCGCUCCUUUAGCCUGUUGGGAAACAGACAGGCGGUAUGCGUUGACUACAUGCCAGCAAUCCGCUCUAUCAGUCGCUCUUUGAGGCAACAAGAUGGCGAGCCAGCCAGGUGUGUGAACUACCUCUACAACUUACACCUGUGCCUCUGCAAGACAACUUUACGCCUUCUGGCUGAAGAUUUCUCCAGCAUAAGUUUGGCAAUCUAAGCAAACUACCUCACUACUUUUUCAACAUUCCCAUAGAAAGUUUAUGCAGUAUUUGGAAUAUUUAUUUUCCUCUAUGACUGUAAAAAACUGUCAAGUGAAUGAUGUGCA